UGAAAUAUUUCAUGUGAACUAAAUGUUUUCAAUUUCUAUUAACCUUUAACCACAAGGCAUUGGUUUAUUAUGGCUGCUAAUUAUUUUCUUUUUGUUUUGUUUGUCUGUUUGCUUGUUUUGUUUUUUCAUAUAAACCAUUUGUCGCCGCCAAGGACAUGUACAUUCUUUUAAGAAUUCUUUUUGUUAUUUCUGCGAUUGAUUUUGGGGUCAAAGCGCAGAAGACGCUGCUACUGAGUGGACAUCCCCCCCCAAAAAAAACCUUCCAUAAACCAGAAACGCCUUUCUUUAGUAAGCAGAAAUGUUUUGGGAGCCUACAACAUUUCCACAAAUCAACCAAGGAGAUUUAAAGACCUCCUUUGCUUGGGUAAACCGAUUUGCCAGGGGGCAAAACCAUACUUACAAAAGAGAUAAUGUUACAAAAUCUCAACCAGCAACUCCUUUGUAUGUAAACAAUUGGUGAAAAGCACACAUGGCGACAGGUGACGCGUAUAUACGCUAUGAACCUUUCGUAUAUUGAACCGGUGGACGUGUGGACACGCGCCACAUUACCAGGGCAGCUGAAAAAUGGCUUGACAGAAGAACUCGGGGAGAUGAAUAAAAAUACUGAUGCCUAAACUCAAAGAGUUGUGCCUCCCUGCAUACUUAUGGGUGCCAGAUAUAAAUUGCAAGGUUGGAGAUUUUGAAGGAAAAAAACGCACCCAGCAGCUUUAUGGAGGAAGAAACCCGAUGAGGAUUUUCGUAGCUGAAUACUAAGAAAGAUUAAUGUUGCUACAUAGUUUAUAAUAUCGUACGUGUAGAUCGGUGCAUUGUUUGCAACGCUUCGUGAAAGUACAGGUCUUUUCCUUCCUCAGCGGUGGAAGCGAUAUUUGCAAAAUACCUUGUCUCUGUUUAGAUCUUUUUACCGUACGGCGAUGCCAGUAUAUACAUUAGUACAUACCUUCACUUCUGAAACACUGUCGUAAGAUUUUCAUAGCCAUAUUAAAUUCAUACCGUGACGCAACUUCUUGACACAAAAACAAAAAAUACAACGACUCCACGCCUGCUACGGGCUCACGGCAACUGUUGGUGGUACCAUGGAGCUGGAGCUAUAAAAACGUGGCACAUGUGCAUCUAUGAACUGCUGCUGGUAUUCAUAAACAGAAAGCUUCAAGGAUUAUUGCUGAUGUUAGCAGAUAAAAUGUACAUGUACUUGGAUGGUUUCAGGGUCAGUCUUCACAAUCUCGCUGGAUGAUAAGGCGGAGAAACUUGGGGCUGCCUAGUGGCUUCAGAGUUUGAGACAUUUGGAGGACUGGAGCUUCAAGACUAUCGCCAACAUGGCACGGAGACGUACGCCUGGGAUCGCAGUCUUACCUGAAAUCGAACACUCUCAACCCAAACUUCAUCAGGAUUUGAAUGAAGACUUAGCAGGAGAACUGCCAGUCCAUCACACUCAUGAACAGGUUCAAGAUAAAACAGCCAAACCAGGUGCAGCCACCCAGGUGAACCUCAAGUAUGUCAGCUUGGUGUUGCUGGUCCUACAGAAUGCAGCCCUUAUCCUCACCAUGCGCUACACGCGCAACCAGCCUGGCGACAUGUACUUCUCCACGUCAGCUGUCUGCGUGACAGAGGUCCUCAAGAUGACCACCUGUGUCUUCAUUCUCCUCUACCAGCACAAAGGCAACGCAGUGGAGUUGAGCAAGAUCUUGUGGAGCACCAUUGUGCUUCAGCCCCUCGACACCCUCAAGGUGUCCGUCCCCGCUUUCAUCUACACGAUGCAGAACAACUUGAUGUUCAUAGGAGUUUCCAACCUAAGCGCAGCUACUUUUCAGGUGAGCUACCAGCUGAAGAUUCUCACCACAGCUCUAUUUAGUGUCGUCAUGUUGCGUAAAAGCCUGUCAGCAAUCCAGUGGGUGGCCCUUGUCCUUCUCUUUGCCGGCGUAGCCAUAGUCCAGGUUCAGCCAACAGAUCCCUCAAAGAGAGCCGCCGAGGUCACCCACACCCAGCAGAACCCCUUGCACGGCCUACUGGCUGUCGUCGUCGCCUGCUGCUUCUCGGGUUUCGCCGGCGUCUACUUCGAGAAGAUCCUGAAGGGUUCCAAGACCUCCCUCUGGAUCCGCAACAUCCAACUGGGGCUCUUCGGAGCCAUUAUCGGGCUGGUGGGGAUGAUCCUUAAGGACGGAGCGGCAAUCAUGGAGAAGGGCAUGUUCUUCGGCUACACCAACUACGUGUGGUCGGUCAUCUUCCUGCAGGCCUUUGGUGGCCUGACAGUGGCAGUGGUGGUCAAGUAUGCCGAUAACAUCCUCAAGGGCUUUGCCACUUCGGUCAGUAUCAUAGUCUCCACGGUGGCAGCGGUUUAUUUGUUCCAUUUUCAGGUCAACGUUCAGUUCUGCAUUGGUGCCGGCUUGGUCAUCGGGGCCAUCUUCUUCUAUGGUCGGCCCAAACCACCAGAGAAAGCACCAACUCAAGAACAGCCUCCAAACGAUGCAUUGGGCAAGUGAAAAGUUACUCUGCCCAACACAUUUGAACGAAUUUGAAUUUUUUUGUAAACAUUAGAUAUAGUAGAAUACCAAACUAACUGAAGAGAAUGGUGCAAUGGUCACCUCUUGAAGAGCAGGUUUCCCCCUUACCUCCUCAUAAUUGAGAGGGGAAGGAAGGGUGGGGUCUGCCCCUUUCUCCCCUCCCCCCCCCCAUUUUGACUGUCCCAUGCUCAGUCUUUUUCAAACUUGGCAUGCAUGUAAAGACAUUCAUCGCAAGUAAAGUUUCCUGUGAAGGCUCAAUUCAGUCACGCACAGAGUUUUGUUUGUUAACCCUCCUAUGCUGAAGUCACUCUUUGGGUCACUUGGUAAACACCUCAAAGAAGCACAGCUGUGUUGUGUUGUGCA